UUGAGUGAAAGCCUAUUCCAGGAGGCGUCAAUUUCGUGCAGGAGCCCGCCCCCAAUUCCCACUGCGGCUACCUCGCCUCCACCGCUGGGAAGAUUCGUCAACAUCGGCGUCCAAAGACAACGGGCACCAAGAAUCCUGGAAUUGUUGGCAAAUAUGUUCUUCAACUGGAAGAACGACUACACUACUGCCUCAAGGCAUAGAAGUCGGUGGCCUCCGUCGUAUGCCCACACCGUCGAGCACGAUUACCAGGUACUAGGUCAAGCAAGGUACCUGUCAUACCUGGUACCAGGUCAAGCAAGGUAUCAUCACGCAUGUCUGAUUUUGAAGUCACUUCAGAUACUUUACAGAGCACUUGAGUCUGUAGGGUCCCAAUUAUGUAGGUGGAUAAUCAUGGCUAGGGCUACAGACCAGUGCUGGCGCAACUCCGCCCUCUCUCGACAGAACUCUCGUGCUUAAGGACCAUAGCAUUUUUGGCGUCUUCCUCGAAAUGUCACAGG